GUUGCAAAAAAAGUGUGGGCAAAAAUUUGCCAUUCCCGACUUCCUUUUAAUGUUAAUUGACAACAUUGUCAAAAGAUUAAUUUUAUAAGUUGAAAAACACAUAAAAAUUAAUUAAUUAAGCGAGUGAAGUUCUUACUUCAGUGCUUUGCGCGUCUUUAGGCGGAAGCAGAAGAAAUAUUAACAAGCAAUUCCGUGUACCUGGACGAACGAAGACGAUUUUCAUCAUUCCAAUUUUCUAGUCAAAAGAAAUCCGUUCCAGUUUCGUCAAGUGUAGAAUGGCUAGCGACAACACAAAAUCAUCUGAUGUUUCAUACGCAGAUAAUGCACCCCGAAUUAGUAAAGAUGAUCUUUUUAUGAUCAUAGCACUCUGGAUGCAAGAUUUUGUCACCCAUGAAGAAGCUGAAAUCGACGAGAAUAUUAACCAAGUUGGGGCAGUAUUAGUAUCUGCUGACGACAAGAUAUACGCAGCUGACUGUUCACGAGAGGGAGUUCAUGCAGUUGCUAGAUUAUUAAUAAAACAUCCAGAAAAAAUGAAAGGCUCCAAAAUCUUCAUGUCUCGAAAACCUUGCUCUUUUUGUGCAAAACUUCUCGUUCAAUCAAAAAUACAACGUGUGCUUUAUCUUCCCUUUUAUCCCGAGUAUUAUGCAAGAAACAACGAAAAUGAAAUGGACAAACUAGCAAGGAACAACGAAAAUGAAAUGGACAAACUAGCAAGGAACAACGAAAAUGAAAUGGACAAACUAGCAAGGAACAACGAAAAUGAAAUGGACAAACUAGCAAGGAACAACGAAAAUAAAAUGGAAGAAGUCGACGAGUUAUUUAAGUCAAGUUCAAUUGCAUCAUCAUUGUUUGUAUUUAAAAUAGAAGAGAACGUUCUUAUACACGAAAAUAUAAAUAACGAUCCAUCGAUGGUUUCCGAUCAUAUUAGUUUCUUGGAAAAAAAGUUUAAGCUUGAUCAAUGGAAGUCAGGUUGGCUCAAGGAGGAAAGUGGGAAAAUGAAGCGUGAGCUUCCCUGGCGAAUAUUUGAUAGUAAUAUCGGCGCGGAAGUUGAAAAACGGUUCAAUGAUGCAAUAAAAUGGAUGGCAAGGGUCAUAGCUGCGAGUGGACGGUCCUUAAAAGACGAAUUCCUUAUGUGUCCUCUUUUACCACAAAACAAGAAUGCUAGUUCUUCAAGUGAAACACAUCCAUUCAGUAAUUUUGACCCUACAAAGGAGAAAGACCGACAGAAAGCUAAUCAUUUAAUGAUUCUUGCAAGUUUUCUUACUCAACGAACAGAUGAUCCAAAAACAGGAGUGGGAGCCGUAAUUGUGAACUCAAAGAUGGAUAUCCUCUCGUUUGGUUGGAAUGGAUUUCCACAAAAAGCACGUUAUGGUGAAUUUGGAAGAGGAUCGAACCACGAUAAAGGUGUCAAGUCGAAGCUUCCCUACGUUAUACAUGCCGAACAAAAUGCUUUGCUCAUGCGCAACUGUCACAACGUCAAAGAUGCGAUUCUUUUUGUAACAAAGCAACCGUGUAACGAAUGCACACCAUUGUUAGCGAUGGAAGGAAUCACAACAGUUGUGGUGGGCGAUGAAGUUAAAGAAGAUCUACCACAAAAAGCAUUAGGGUAUGACAUGUUCCCAAAAAUGGUGAAGAAUGGAAAAUUCUCAUGCUUUGAAUCAACUCUUUCAAGAAAACAUAAACCAAUGACAGAGUGAUCAAAUUAAUUGGUUCAUAUUUUUCAAAGCAACUCAAAAGAAACAAUAAACCUGGAAUAAUUCGCUACAUUUUGUUAACUUUUUACAUAUUUUUUUCUAUCUGAACUUUGAUUAAAUUUAUGUGUGUUUUA